AUGGAAUGUGAACUGUUUGAGGAGGAAAGAAGAUACCUCAGGGGCGGUGAGAUGAGGAGAGGACGUGCUGUUAGGCUAGACACAAGCAAGAGUGUCGAGAAGAGGAUUAAGUGGCCGAAGCCCGAAGAGAAAAAAGAAGAGGAGAAGGCAAAGGCCUUGCAAAUAAGUCACAGACAUGUGUCAGGGGUGGAGGACAAUCAAGAGCAGGUGUUCAGCAGUCUCCUCCUGUUUGUCACACAUUCUGCAGAGCGGAUCCUCUCGAAGAAUGCUGACUCUGUGAAUAUGCUUCCUCAGAACCGGUUACUUAUGUUGGUCCUGGAUAAUUUUGGGAGCGUACUUCUCACUUUCGGACUGAACAAGUUGGACAAAGCGCUGUUCUACUGCGGUGGCCUUUACUACCAGAUAAGCAAGCGCUUCACCAGUAUACAAUAUGUACUUGUACGCAGAUGGUUGAAAGAUUACCAGUCAAUGUACGGGUUCAAACUACUCGGCAUCGUUACAGCUAUUCAUCUGAUAGGCACGUCCAUGCAUUCAAGCUGGAAGUGGUUCUUCACACCGAAGACGAGCGAGUUCGCCGCUGUGGAGGAACCUGCGUCCCAGUGUGCUUCGGCACGGAAAUGCCCCUUGUGCCUCGAGGAAAGGAGAAAUGUGAGUGCCACACCUUGUGGACACCUCUUCUGUUGGUCAUGUAUCCUGGAGUGGCUUCAGACACAAAACCAGUGUCCUCUUUGUAGAGAAAGAGUAGAACCUUCAAGGAUUGUUCCUCUUAAAAACUAUCUGUGAUAGAUUGUUGUUAUGUUGCUAAUUACUUAGAAACUGGAGGUAUUUAUUACACUUAUGGUAGGCUAUUCCACCCAAGCUAAGAAUUAAAAUUGUGGAAUUUUUCAUAAAACAAGAUGGUUGAAAUGUAUUGUAAAAGAAGUUUGUGAUAUUUAAAACUGGUAGAGUAUUUGUUAUUUUUCUAAUUUUAUCUUUACAUCAUUAUUAAAUAAAGCAGUUAUAUCUACAUAAGUACUUAACCUCUUAGGUCAAUGUUAUGGCGUUAUAUGGAUGCUUUAUGUGGUUUGGCGUCCGUAUAACAUGCAGUUAUGAUGGCGUGAGUAAACAAAGCAGUGAUAUUGUCUUACUGAGAUGUAUUUCUAGAUUAUUUAUGAUAGUAAAAUUUAUUUUUGUAUUUCUAAGAAAGUGUUUUAUAUUGUGAUAUGUCAUCUGAAAGCUAAGAUAAUUUGUCAAAAACAGCUCAGGAUAGUGAAAUUGAUUGCCGGAUGAACAAUUUUAUUAAAAGCAUUCAAAAUAAUACAUAACAAAAAUAUUGUAUUAGAUUUAUUGCAGAUUUCAUUAUAAGAAUUUGUUGAAAAAAUCAUGAGAUCUGACCAAAAUUAGCUUGGUAAAAUAUUGAGGCUUUGCUAUACCUUUGAGUGUUCAUACUAAUUUUGUCCAAAAAUGUCCUGCUGUAGCAGAUGCUACCCUUGCCCUAUGUUAAAGGGUUAAAUGCCUAAUGAAAAUGUUGACUGGAAAAUUGGAUCUGUGAACGGUUUCAUAUUCUUGGCAGUACUACCUCAGAUGAUAAACUUUGUUAAAGUCAAACUAUUAAUUGUUAAUGUAUUUUUAUAUUUUAUUAUUGUUCUUAUUAAAUAAAUAUACUUGAUGAAA